AUGAGCAUCGCCAGGCCAUCUCAAUUCAUCCUCUGCCUCUGUCGCCGAUCAACACGCUCAACGAUACCACGAUCGCGCCGUGCCUUGCAUUCGACUCCUGUCCGAGCCGCCGCUGAUGACCCCGAAGACGUGGAGACCAUCAACAUCCCAAAUGAAGGUCGCAAAUCUCGAUUAACACCGAAUGAAAAAUGGAAACAGCGUUACGACGAGCGACAGGUCGAAGCCAUCCAAGCUGCAAAAGAAGUCAUAGGCGACAAAUUCCAAAAAGGGCGGAACGUACCCCGGACCGACCCCUGGUCUGUCGACUACUACGACAGUUUCGAGAAGAUUGACCCCGUUGUCGACCAGCCUGUUCGAGCACCAUGGACUAAUCUGGAUGAUGCACAACGCCUGAGGACCAGCGAUGAAGGUGAUGCCGACUUCCAAAAGUUCCUGGAAAGUCGACCCGCGGAGGAGGAUGCCAACGGCGAACCAAUUGCGAUGCAAUACGUCAAGUACCUCGAGAGCAUGAGACUCACGUCGGGCAGAAAAGAGGCCGAGCUAGAUGCUCCCUCAGCCAUGAUGCCGAGCAUACCUAGUCCGCCCAAACCAGUGGCCAAGGUUCAGCCCAAUCGACGGGUCCAAGACGAAGACGACGACGAUAAACCAAAUGCGAAACCCGACAGCGCAUCAACUCCAGAGACGCUGCGUCUGAUGCAGAUGACUGGUCUGUCUGGCAGAGAAUUGGCGGCACUAAGAGUCAAGACUAUAGUCGUGCGCCGCGUUGCCAAUCAAACACGGUUGGGCAAAAUAUACAAGCAAUACUUCCUUAGCAUUGCCGGCAACCAGAAUGGAAUGCUUGGAGUUGGCGAAGGAAAGGCCGAUGAAGGAAGCGCAGCCCGCUUCCAAUCUCAGGCUCGUGCGAUCAGAGCAAUGCAGCCCAUCAAACGGUACGAAAAGCGGACCAUCUUUGGCACUGUUAGCGGGAAGGUCUCCGCUACCGAGUUGGAGCUCUAUGCUAGACCACCAGGAUUUGGUCUCCGCUGCCAACGCCUGAUCUGGGAGAUGGCCAACUGCGCAGGUAUAUAUGACCUCGCUGCAAGGGUCACUCGUGCCCGCAACCCUAUGAAUACCGUCAAGGCCACGUAUCAGGCAUUACUUGCUCAGAAAGACCCCGAAGACAUUGCUCGAGCCCGAGGCAAAAAGCUGGUUGAUGUACGGAAAGUGUACUAUGCUGGAAAUCUCACAUAG